GCAGAGAAGCAGCAUGAGAUCAAUCUGGGGGAAAGAAGGUACCUGGUGUGUUUGUUUUCUAACGCUGUGUGCUGGGUCCGUACUGUAUACAAAACAAAAUUCACAAUUUGUGUCUAAUAGUUCAGGCAAGGAACAAGAUAUAACCGGAAACAUUCUCUGUGUGUGCCAUACAUAUAUUUAUCACAUGAAUGACUGUGGUGUUUUCUUAGCCUAUCCCCCUGUUUGGUCAUUUGUGACAGGCUAUAGGAGUUAUUAAAUAUCUAUCAAUACAAGUCACAAAAAAUAUGCAGUUAUUGUGUAUGUGGUUAAAUGUUACAAUAAUUUCGUUUCUACAGUAAAUAAAUUAUGUAUAUUUUGCUGUUCGCUUGCAUAAUCAGACUUUUACCCCAAUAGCUAUGUAUUUAAAUUGGUGUUUUAAGAGUCAAAUACUGCUUUUAUUUGAGACUAGUGGAAUUAGAGAGUCAGUCAUCCACAGUCUCAGGGACACUAAAGAGCUAGAAGCUCUUUUGUCUCUGUUUCCCUGGCUUCAGAAUAAUUUCUGCAGCCUAUAAGCCUGCCCCCAUGCUAUGUGAUAACAAGGAGAAUUAGAUGUAUGCUUUUUUUUUUCUAAUCUAAAACUCCUCUUAAAUGUAGAACUACUACUAUGGGAUUUAAGCAAUCCUCCCACCAAAAUCAUUUUGGAAGACCAGAACUGACAGGGAAAAUGUACUCAUUUAUCUAUUGAUUGCAUGUUACUUGCAAAGUGUCGUUUUUGUCCAUCUGGAAUAUUGGGAAAAUGAAUAUGUUUUUAUAGCAUUUAUCCCUUUCUAUGAAAGGGAAGAAAGAUAGCACUACCUCAUAUAUGACUGACAUAUUACAUAUUUCUGCAGGUGCUUGAGAAAGGCUCCUGUCUAGCCAAUACUUUGUGUGUGUGCUUUCUGCUAUGCACUAAAUAAAAUGACAUUACAUUGUUGGAUCGUUCUUUUUUUAAAUUCUUUUGAAUUUAUUACUGUUUUGGCGGAGGUUUAUACAACACUCCACUUUAGUAAGCGCUCCUCCAUUUAGUGUUGUGCGUAAAUAUUCCUGCAGCACCAGUCUCUUAGGUAAAUAAGAUUAUUUCAGCCGGAGCAGGAAUGAUGUUGCCAUAAUUGAAGAUUAAACAAAUUAGUUUCAUUUUGAAGUUUGGGGCUCUCAAAUUCGCAAUUAUUUCUUCUAUACCUGUGCUUUUCAAGUAUGUUCUACUUUGAUUAUCUGACCGUGAUAGUUGACUCCAUUAAAGUACAAGACUUAAUCCAAAGUAAUAUGUAUUUUUGUUAAUAAUUGUAAAAGUAUAUAGAAAUAUCACUGAUUAAUACUGUGAUUUUAAUUGUUUUGUUUUCUUGUUUCAAUAUAGGCAUUGAAGUUAAUUUCCCCUUACGAGAUUUUGAUCUUUAUUUGGGAGAUGUGGCGCAUGAGCAAACUUGGUUAUAAAUCAGUACCCAAGUUGGAAGAACUGAAAAAACAGUGGAGAGAGCAGGAGACUGGUGGGGUGAAAUGUUUGCUGUUUUUGUUUAGUGGGGCAUAACACUAUGGACUUUAAAACGUUUUAUUACAUUUGUAUGAGGUUUGUAGAGCAGGUUGGCUUUGUUUCAGAAAAAUAAAUAUGAAUACAUGUAGUAACAACACUUACCUCCCCACUAAUUCCAUGCAGCUUUUUUAAUUUAGCACUGAUCUAAACCUUUCUUCUGGUUCCUGCUUUAUGUGAACAGAUUUCAGUAUCAUGAUGUGACCCACAGAUUAUUUAAAAUAAUUAAUUAGGAAAAGAAAGGACCUGACACAGACUUUGUGUCUGUAUCAACGUGUUCUGCAAUGCCUGCAUUUUUACACAAACUCUAUACUGGAGGUCAGAGCUCAAAAUGUCAAGUUUGACUCCUGUGCCAGUAGACAGGUAUAAAAUUUACACAGCACACUCACCAGGGGUGAUUUUCUGCUUACCAGGGCUACAUUUCUCCAUACCAGUGUCUAGUGGACGAGUGGAAAUUCCAAGCCCUGCUGUAGGUAACAUUAUUGACUGUUGUGCUUACAUUUUAAGAGUCUGCAUACUCCAAACACCGCAGUUGGUAAUACCAUUGAGGAAAGAAUUGGCACACAUUUUAUUUCUCCCAUUAGACCUACUGUAAUUUCUAAAAUUAAUAUUUAACCUUCUUUAGUAAUUGUUCUAAAUUUGUCGGAAAUGGUCUGCAAUACAAAAGAUGCAUAAUGGUUUCUAAUCACAUCCCCCAACCAAUGCCUCUGCCUUUCAAAUAACAUGAUUUUGGCCUGUCCUGUCAUUUUAACUAGUCCUAAAUUUGCUAAAGAAAGGACAUCUGUCUUCUGUCUAGUCAGAAUUAUUUUGAUUUACUGUUUGGUGGCAUCACAAGCUCAUCAGAAUGAACAUUGACCAUAAUGAGCUUUUGGUUAAGGAAGAUCCACACAUGUAAAAGCUUUUAUUUAUUACUCUAAGAUAACAUCCUCUUGACUAUAUUUUUUUGGAUAAAAUAGGUUCUUACAUUUCUAGAGCCUUCUCUUGUAAAUAAUUUGUUAACUAUAUAAUAUUAAUAUAUCUGCACACAGAACUUCGAAAGGCACGAAAAGCGCAGCAUCUGCUCGGCAAACGACUGUUGUUGGAUAUUUCAGCUUCUGAUGAGCCCCUUGAUGAUCUGGAGUCCUAUGCUCUUUCUGAACAGCAGGUUAGUUUGCCCGGCAAUGUUCCAAUUACAAACCGUAUUUAAUCAGAUUUACAUUUUUCUAUUAAUGUUUGAUGAUGGUAACUUUCUUUUUUUUUUUUAUACAUUUAUUUGCGUUAAAGUAACAGUCAUUAUUAUAAUUUUUGUCUUUAUCUUAGCUGCAUUUGACAAAUUAACCUUAACAUGAAAUUAUUCAAGUAGGGUGCCAGACCACAUAGCACAAAUUAUUUAAUACGAGAGCACCUUGUUUGCUUUGUUUUUUUUUUUGUUGUUGUUUGUUUGCUUGUUUGUUUUACAGACUGUUUUACUAUAAAAUAUUCAGGUCUGAUCAUUUCAGCCAGUGAGACCAUCCAAAAAAGCAUUAAUGUGCAUCUUAUUGUUAAUGCAGGUACUGUGUAUUCCACUAAAUACCUGAUGGCUUUGGGAAGAACGCAGACUUUUUGAUGAAAAAUUGUGAGCUGUUCUUUCAGGUCACAUUGGUGUCACUGUAUGUGUCCCCUUUUAUUAGAAGCUCUAAAGAGGAUUUGUCACUUCCACAAAGAGAACUUCCAGUUCCUCAUUCUUUCUCCCCAGUAAAUUCCAUACUCACUGAUACUGAUGCCAUCUGUUUUGUGGUCGUGACACGUGAAAAGAUUAUGCAAAAGCAUUGACAUUUGUCAAAUACCGAAAAUGUGUUUGUGUAGAAAGUAAAAUUGUAACAGUUCUGGCAUGUCAUUCGUCCUGACGGUAUUAAGAUAUGUCCUGUUAUUCCAGCAAAAAAAAAAUUAAUUACAGAAAUAUUAGUUUACAAACACGUUAAACCCAUAUCAGGUUAACAUUUAGACAAUUACAUUAUUUGCAAACUUAUAUAACAUACUUGGGGAGUUACAAAAUUUCUGUAUUUUCUUAGGUUACACAGAUCAUCAAGGUUCUGAAACAUGGAUCAGCAGAGAAGCUUGAAUCUCUUAUUUCUCUCCGAUGUUCUCUUCAGAGAGAGGACGUGCGCCUUAUGUUUGUCAAGUUAGUACAUUAUUGUUUUUAUUACUAUUACAUCAUGUCACUAACCAAUCCAAUAUCCACUUGGUAGGCGUCUGUUAAGGUUACUAAAUGUACAAACUGUUGUCUAAGGAGUAGGUGGACUGAAUGUGGAAGAUAUUGCAUUUUGCAGAACUUUAACAGACCUAUGUGGUUUUGUCUGGAUGCUAGAUUAGAAAUCUUCCUUAUCUAUAUGACUGAGAUAAAUUUAUUACUUUUUGAUGGGGCAAUACUGUACCUAAAUCUUAAUGUGUCCACUCCUGUGCUGUGGCACUUACAAAAAAAAAAAAUAAUUUUAAAUAGUUCUUCUAAAAUGGCAGGUUUAAUAAAAUGUUAAACAUAAGAUGAUGCUGUUGUAUUCUACACAGCACUGCAUCCUAGCAUUGGUCACAAGGGUGUUCUUUCUAACGGGUAGUUAAGGUUUUGCAUAUUUCAUGGUGUUAUUAAGAUUGGGUUGCUAUGUAGCAAAAUUAAUAUAAUGCAUAGCCUAUUGUAAAUAACGAUAUAGAGAGGAAUUACACCACACUCAAAGGGAAACAUAAAUAAAUUUACGUUAAUGAAGCAGUUUUGGUGUACUCUCACUGCUUAAUUUUCUUCCAUCUAGGAUUUAAAUCACUUUUGUUUCUAUUUUUGCAACUUUAGCCACACCUCCCCUGGCUGCGACUCACACAGCCUCCAUGUUAAAAAUUGGUUUCAUUUUUUUUCAAUCAGAUCUUACACCAUUAUGUGUUUACUGUAUAGGUUCUUAUCUCCUGCUUCUGUGGCUAAUGGGAGUGGUAGAGCAACCCACAAAGUUUCUCAUAUCUUUUUAUUUGCUGAGACAUAAAGCAUUAAAGUGAAUGGGGAAUGACACAAUGUGAAAAUAAGAGACACAAAAAAGGAGGGGUUAAAAGAGAUAUAAAAAGAAGAAACCGUUAAACACAAAGGCUGCAAAGGGGAUUUAAGCGACAAACAAAGUUUGUCAGGAAAUGCACAGAGGAGGGUGUGCAAAGAAACACGAAAUGAGAUGAAACAACGCAAAAAAUUAAUGGUGCCAAAUAACCUAGGUAUGGGGCGGAGCCUGACCUUCAAGCUGUCUACACGUGUUGGCUUGAGCUCCUGCAUACUUGGCUAAAAAAUUUAGUUUUAUUUCUUUACCAGCUUUACUGCUACCUCGCUCCAUCCUCUGCCAAUCUUGGGUCAGAGAAUAUCAGGCAAGAUAUGACACCUUUCCCAAGUGAUUACACUGCCGGGAGCCAGAGAAAUCUAGUUGUUGCCUGCCAGGAGUGGAGACGGGGAGAGGCGGCUAAUCUCCUUGCCCUCAAGUUCGCAUGCAGCUUCCCGUCCCCCUACUCUCUGGGACCGGUGGGGAAUACUCCAGUCCACUCUAGCAAGGGAUAAGUUGUCAGUGCUGUGGAGGAAUUUUAAAUAAUACUCACCCUGAGCAUGACCAGGUCUGUCAAGUUGGCGGACGCAGCGGUACCUGUGGCAUGAGGCCCGAUCUCUUGCAGACUCAACUGACCUCUUAUGCCACAUCUUACCUAAACUGGAGGCAAUCUUUGCCCAAUUCUGGGCUACCCUGAAAGAGAAGAUGAAACUGGCUUACCGGGUCACGGUCCAGGUAGGGGACAAAGGGAGGUACUGCAGAGGGAGUCUUGAGGGACCCCUAGCACACCAAUAAACAAACAACUGUCCCUACAUUCAUAUUUCUAUUUCCAAAUGCUAGCAGUGCAUGUCUGCUACUUCCCAGGCUUUGCGCAACUAAAAAGCAAAACUCCCUGAAUGUCUUGACAAUCUUGUUUCUGUUCCAAAUCUAAAAGUCAAGCUUCCACACUCAAAUAAAAAUCUUUAAUUCCCGUAUUAUUCUUAGUACUGGCAUACUAUGAUCUAAGGGCUAAUUAUGAGAAUAUAUUUUUCAUUACUACAGGAAAACAAAAGGUAGUCCCUGAUAUACUGCUGUCUAUCUGGUGGUCCAAAAGAAGUUUUAUGGACCAUUAGUGGAGUGACUGAUAACAUUCUAGCUUUCUAUCCUUCAUUGUUUUUUUUUUUGUUUUGUUUUUUUUCUGUAUGACUUCAUCUGGGUGGACAUCCAUGACAUGAGUCAAAAUGUUGUGGCUUGAGCAAGAUGGCAAUAAAACAUAAUGUUAUUAUGAAAACCCCUUUUCGUAAACCAGAUGAAAUCACACAUCUGGCAGGCCUCACUUCUCAACGUGAAACAAGAACUUAAAAAACCAGAAUAACCAAAAGUAAUACACUUCGGUCAGUACAAAACAAGUUAACUAGGAACCGGUAAACUUCAUAUUACAAUUGCGUAAUGCUGAAACAUUUAUUUUUCUAAUUUCCAAACAGGUUAAAUAACGAGAAACAUUUAUUGCUAAAGUGGAUAUAGCUCUAAAUGUACUUAGCUGAUCUUCUAAAGCUGAGACCUUAACUAUUUCUAUACAAUCUAUAGCAUAAAUGUAUAAAACACAUGUUUUUGUGCAGCCUCGUUUACUAAAGGAGAGUUGGUGUCAAACCUUUCAGGGACACAGGCCCUUUCCCAGUAAACCUUCCCACCUGUCAUAAAGCAUGAUGUCUCACCCCGGCUUUAUUUUCUAGUACAUCUGAUAUAAUGGAAUUGAUGUUUAAUGUUGUUUCUUCUAACCUUGUCAUUUUUUUUUAUUAAUUGUCCAAGCAUACAGCUUUUUCCAUGCCCAAAACAGUAUGUCGCGUAAUGUGUUACAGGAUGCCCACCUAAAUGCCUUACUGUCUAAAUGUUUUUGUUUUUUUUUCACAUUACACCGUUUACUCCGUGUAUUUGAAAGCUCAUUCAUGUUCUGUUUUAUUCUUCCAGGGCUGAAGGCAGCAUCCAACUUCUGAUAGGACUAUUCACCUGCUCGUUUGCCGAUGUCCAGCUAGAAGCAGCUCGGUGCUUACAUGAACUCUCUCAGUCAGAUAAUUCAUCCGUUUCCCAGUCAUGUCUGCCAGCAACAUCAUACCUCCUCACUUACUUAUCAGGGAAUAGCCCCGAGUUUACAGUAAGCUUUUAUCAUUGCUAUGUUAUUUCCCUCCAUUUAUACAAAACCAUGUGGGUGCCAUCUAUUGGCUUUUAUUUAGAGGUGUGUAAACGUGAGAAUAGUAUAGUAAAGAUAUCAGAGCGUGAUGCUUGAAAAUAGUAAUAUUUCAUGGGCAGAUUAUGUUCUAAGCAGGAUUUCACAGAUAUCCAGGGAUGAUGCCUAACCUUACGUGAUCCCACACACAAUAAAGAAAAAAAAAAUAUAUAAAAAAAAAAAAGAAAAUGCUGCUAUUGAUAGAUGAUCAUUUUUGUGUGUCUGUCUAUACAAAUAUGACACUUAGAAAUCAAAAUCUAAUUCUAAUCUGUGGCAAUGAUAUGAUUUCUCAGUUUCUAAAUUGUUCUGUGUCCUGAUGCUCACAUUAACCCUAUUUUCCAUUCAUCACCUUCCUAACAGUAAACCGUAUUAACCUGCAUUAGUCAUAAACCGCAUACAUGCCGGACUUCUACAGCUUGUCUGAUAUCACAUCAACCAGUAAUGACAUUCAUAAACAAUCUGCCACUUUUCUGUCUUGGAAUAGCUGUAUGUAUGGUGCAUUUAAUAGUGGUAAUCAUUCUGUACAUGUGUGCAGGUGACUUGAAGCCAAGGCAAAGUGCAAGUAAAGGUGUCAACCACAGUGGUCCUUUGACAUAUACAUGAAAUAAAAUUCUAUCCCUCUAUAGGAAAUGUGCUUAUAUGUUUUGGGAAACCUGAUAGUGGAAGGUGAGGCAACAAGGAACCAGCUCCUUCUUCAAGGUAUCAUCCCUGCUUUAGCGCUGUGUACUCAGGUAUGACUCUAAGUACCCUGUAUCUUGUGUUUUCCAAUGCAUGCUGUAUGACAUACACCCAGUUAAACCAUUAUUAACAUCUCUCUUCUAUGUCAGUCUCCUCAGGUGAGCGUAUUAGAAGCCGUGGGCUACACACUGUCUCAGCUGCUAGCAUCAAAAGAAGCUCCUGAAAAGAUCAUUCCGUAAGUAAGAAUACUAUAUUUAAAGAAUUCCUUUAUCUGUUGCAAGGCAGGAAUACUGUUUAGGGAAAAAAUAGAAGAGAUAUCCUCUAUUUAUCAAAACUUCACAUAUAGUCAUUAAAGAGGAUCCAUCUUUUGUCUGGCAAUAAUGCAGUUUAAUAAGCCUUUAAGAUCACUUCUAACUUGUGUUAACCUUUUUUUAUGUGACACAUUGUUUAUUAAUUUAUACUCCCGAUUUAGCAGUUAACAUCACAAUCCAGUUCAGUCCAGGCAAAGCCAGGGCUAACAUGGCAGGUGAGGAGGGUAAAUACAAAUAUUGGGGGUUAUGUAUAAAAAGUGGUGUUUUCUGUAAAGUGGUCUAAAGUACUAAAAGUGGGGCAGUUGUCAUGGAAACCAGUGGCGCUUGCAGGUAUAUUGAAUUGGUGACACUUUUUUUGAUACCCCUAUUGUUUUAUUUCUCAUUUUUUCUGUUUGCCAGGUGCAAAGGAUAGAGCAUAUAACAAAGAGUGACAGAGCCCUAUUGCAGGAUAAAGAGUUUUACCUCCUUCCAUUCCUCUUGAAAAACACUAGUGCAAUAGAUCCCAUCUGCCUAUCUUAAUUUUGGGGUUCUGUCCUUUUUUUUUUUUUUUUCUGCACCAGGGAAGUGAUCCCCUUUAAGCGCAAUACAAGGACAACAGUAGACGCGCUCACUAGUACCAUGCACCGAGCGCUUCAGUAGCACUCAAUGCGUGGUCCGACCUUAUUGUGACCUGCCUGAGAGUCUCUCAGUGAGCUUUGUGUAUGGUGCACAACAUGCUGACAAGUCCCUUUCUUGGGAGUGUCCUCCCCCCCUUAUCGCCACACUCUCCCUGAUGUUCCAGAUCCCCACUUGGCAAUGGGAUUUAUAUGCACAUCUAGGCGGUUAUAUAAGUCUCUUUUGGUUAUGUAAAAUAAUAAAAGUUGCAUAUGUGAUCAUUAGUAUUUUUACUCAUCAUUUGUUUAAUGCAUUUAAAAUAGGAGAUCAACUCCAGUUUAGUGUCCCUUUUUAAUAGAUUUGGCAAUAGUUGAAGAUUUUAGUGUCUCAGUCACCAAAAAGAAACAAAAACUUGUAAUUGUCAUCUGCGUUUGGUAGGAAAUUCUAGUGACAAAUCUUGAUUCAACAUAUUUAACCAUUGUGUACUGUGUAAAAUGGGCUGUGUGCAGUAAGCCACUCUGCCAACUCCUGAGCAGUUACUAGCAGUCACUUAGCCUGUUUCUGUAUAACAGCAAUACGUGUAGUGAAAGUGCCAAAAAGGAUACCAGGCGCAAACCCUUUACCACAUGGUCAGAAAGAUGGGAGAGUGCAAACAAAGUGGGAACAAAACAAACCCCUUUCAAAAUGGUGCGAAGCCAGAUUAUGUAAAUGCACGUUUUCAUCUGCUAUUCCAAGCUUUUUUGGGAGCUAGUAUGGUAUCAAGAAAAGUUGUCCUUUGAAACCCUUAUUGUAAGAAAAUAACUUUCUUUUUUUUUUUUUAUAAUACAGAAUUGUUCUUGAAUCAGCACUGACUGAGGCAAUAGUCAGACAUAUAUAUUUUGAGACAGAAGACCGGAUCGGGGUGGCAGUAGAGUUUGCGUGGAGUCUCCAUUACAUUAUUGCCAGGUACAGCAUGCUAAGAAAAGACACAUUGCUUUCUCUGCCCUUUUCUCUUUUUUUUUUUUUUUUAUUUAUUUUUUUUAUUUGUAUUUGUGUGCAUUUGUGAAGCUAUUUAAAGCAAACAACUGUUUAGAACACAGAUGGUUGCUUUGUUCCAAUGUGUUAAGUGAAGUGAUUUAUAGGCUCACAUACUAUGUAUUUGUGAUGCUUACUUAAUAAGUUGGAGAUUAAGUGCAGACAUAUUUAUGUAGCUAUUUUUAUAUACAUCCUAAUAUUAAUGUGUAGUAUAUGGAUCAAUAUUAAAUGUCCUUCAUUUAGCCUCUGUUUGCAUAUUCAGGUUUUAUAAAGGAUUUGUGUUACGGAUAAUGUUGGAAGAGCAAAAAUAAAACCUAACCAUGGAGAAAUUGCAGUAUAUGUUCAGCAUAUAUGACAGCUGAGCACUGGCAGUCAAUUAGCUUUGUUCUGCUUAGCUCUAUAGAGCUAACUAGAUUCUCCUGCAGAAGAAAACAGGCAAUUUAUCCUAAUGUGGAACACCUACAUUCCAAGACACACAAACACACCCUACUAACCCUAACACUCUUCCCAAUAACACUAAUAACAAUAAGCACACAAAGGAAAUUCAAGUCCCAUAUACAUUGAGAUCUUCUUAAAGGCUAUAAACAAAAACUACAUCUUUAAAAAAUUGGCAAACCUUAUGAUUACUCAUAAAGCUGCUCAUAUUCAAAUAGCCAUCUAUAUUAAAGUAUUCAAUAGUAUCAUAAUUACACCAAAUCAUGCACCCACAAAUAUCACAGUCUACAAAUCUCUCUUUCACUGUGUCACACCUGAACUCGAACAAUAGAAACAUCUGUUAUCCACAAUCUCCCCCCAGUGGCCAAAGGAUUAAUAAAUCAUGCCACAGUAUAUAUCUCAAUACCCCAUAUAAAUAUACCUAUCGACACUUGAUGUGAAUAACCUAAAUUAUUUCUAUAAUUGCUAAUACAUAUGUGCAAUCACUAUUAUUAAUGAUCCUCCACAUUUUUAAAGAACAUGCCCAAUAUUCACACAAGCGCUCAUAUCUAUUCAGUGAUACAUAAUUUUGGACUAUAAGUGCCUUUUUAAGAGAACACUCCAGACAUGUAAAGCACUUCAGCUGCCUCUCCCAUUCUCGAUAUGCUGUACUAUAGUUCAUUAAGAAGCACUGGAAAUCUGCAUGUGCACUUGCAGCUUCUGCACAGAGAACCCUUUAAUUCAGGGGUUCCCAACCCAGUCCUUUAAGUAUCCCCUACCAGUCCAGGAGUAAGUGAUUACCCUGUUGUAUCUAACAUGAUUUUUUUUUUUCUUUUUUUCUAAAAACACCUUCGACACAACUGGGUUAUCCCUAAAUCCUGGACUGUUAGGGGGUACUUAAGGAACUGGGUUCUGAACCACUGCACUUAUUGCUCAAUUCUCUGGCAGUGGCUGAAAGUAUGUGUUGGAGAAAGAGUAGAGGGCUUUCAAAUGCUGAAGACUGCAGAUCUGCAGCUUUUGCAAGGUGUUUUGUUUAAUAUACUCCCAAAGACAACUUGCCAAAAAAAAUGAAAACAAUACAUGCAUGUUUUGUUUUGUAGUAUAUCUACUCAACAGUGAAAAAUAAAAAUUGGAAAGUUCCUUUAAGUAACCUUAUCACUGUUGGUGGUCUUUACUGAUUAAAACACAUAAUCUGAAAUAAUUGACCCCUGAACUCUAUUAUACAUUAAUGCUUAAUAGGAAUCUAAGAUUACAUUAAUGAUGAACCAGCUUGGUUAUGUUUGCAAGUAAAACAUGCGUUAAGAUGUUUUGUAUGUGUUUGUUUCAGCCAAGUAAAUAAUCUGUUGCUAAUUUCACAUGGCAUUGUGCCUAAACUAGUACAGAUUCUGUCGGACCUUUCUACACUUGCUUUGCGAAGUGCUCCUCCUGACCUGGAACUGGUGAGUAACCACCAAUUAAAAUGUUAUGUCACAAUGCAGAAAAAAAUAAAUAAUCAAGCAAAUGUACUAUUAUAUUAAUAAGUGGAAGUAACCUUGGAGACGGCAAACAAACACUCCCACCCAGUAACAAGUGUAAGCUGUUUUUUUUUUUUCUAAAAGGAACUUCUUGUAAUACUAGGAAGGCGUUUAUAUGCACUCCCAGUGAGCCUCCAGGUACCAGGCAAAUUAUACUCCGCAAUGUUACAGCAAGUAGCACAGUGUGAGGAAUCUAUGGGUAUGCACAUAUAAAAAUAAAAAAACCUUUAAUAUAGGGUUGUAAUUUCCCAAGUUAAAGAAAAGGAAACUUAAAAAACUAUCACAUCUAAAUAACACACAGGGAAGAACUCUGUCAGUAUAUGAGAAAGGCAGGAUGAAGAAAUGCUGUAGAGACUAGCUUCAGAUUGGGACUAGUGUAAAUACUUAGCGCAAUCUAUCUACAGUUAAUAACUAAAGCUCCCUGUUAGAGAUAAAUGAAUCUAGAGAUAGAUGAUUUGAACUAUUCCCCGGUCAAUGAGCAGAUGAUAGACAGUGUAAAGAAUAUAACUGUAUCUAUCUCUGUAGCGAAUAGGAACUGUUACAAAUGUAACCGGGUCCUCUAAACAGGAGAGUCCAUAGCUGCCUAUAAACUAAUGCAUAAGCGUCUACAUAGACCUAAUGCUCCAUCAACUGUAACGAAAUCUUACUUCCCCACCCAGUGAGCACAUAAAACAGUGCUGGUGAUUAAAAACAAAAAAGCAUGAACCUAACGUCCGUUUCGGCGCUGCCAAAGCGCCUUUAUCAAAGGUAAGGACGGCACUGCACGAGAGUGAAUAAAUACCGGCACCUUAUACCAGCUGGACCAAUCAGGAGUGUAGGCGUAAGCGUCAUGUCCGCGCCAGAAUUUCAGACCACCUGUGUAGAACCUAGGUCCAUUCAGCGUGUGGUUUCUGACUCCUCCCUUAAAGGGAGGGACUAGCUUGAUAGUUUACAUGGUAACCAUGGCGCCCGCUUUCUUGAAUAGGGUUACGUCUGCUACAUAGACGGACCCUUUCAUUACUGGACUGGGCGUCACGUCCCAUCAUUCUAUUUAUACAACUCCAUCAGGGGGUAUAAAGAGAUCGUAAAGAUAGCUAUUAAUGGUAUAGAAUAUAUUAAUUGGCCAUAUAAAAUAGAAGUGACUCUGAUAUGCCUAAGGAAUGUUUAUUUAUUCAUAGGAUAAAGUGAUAUAAUUAUCAUAUAUAUGCCUACCCUCAUAAGGGGUAGGUCUCAUGAUGACAUUGGUCACUAGACAUCAGUCCAAAGUAUUGUCCAUUCAGACAUCCAGACAUCACUUUUAUUCUAUGAUCCAAAGAUAACAUCCUAUUUGUUCAUAGUAAUCGGUGAGCACUUAGUUCAUUUUUAAUAUUAUCGAACUUUCUCCGUAUAACAUGAAACAAAGGUAUUAACAAAGCCGAUAAUAUACCAAAAGGUAUAACAAAAAUGUUAAAAGAACAUACAUUGCACUCCCCAAUUGGGGCAUGAAUUACUAUUUUUUUCUAAUUAAAAUUAAUGAAGUAUAUAUAUAUAUAUAUAUAUAUAUAUAUUUUAUUUUUUAUUUUUUUUUAUUCAAAUUUUCACCACCACUUUAUUUUGUCUAAUGCUUCGGGCUAGAAACAUUUGUAUGGAGAUGUUUGACAAUGGUUUACUUUUUGUGUUCUUAAAAUGUUUUUGAAUAAAAGCACAAAACAAAUUUGACUUAACUUAUAUUUUUUGUGGUGGCAUGUUCUAUGUAGUUGAUAUGUCCAUUGGUUCGUUGUGUGGCAAAUUUACUGACCGAAGUUGACGCAACAGGCAACAAAGUCCAGAUUCAUGAUGGUCGCUUGUUGGUGGCUCUGUUUGUUUUUAUAGAACAGUAUCAUAACCAGCAUCAUUUCUUGCUCACCGAAUGUCUGUGGGCUAUCAGCAAUCUUACAGGUAAAAUGUACAAAAAUAUACCAUGCAUGGAAUGGAAAUGUUUUGUUUAAUGGUUGUGCUUCAUACCAAUAGUACACAGAAAACAAAAUGCAUCACCAUUAUAUAAAAAAUUAAAAAUAAAAAGCAAGGUUUAAUUGCAGUAUGGUUGCUAUCAGUUUACAGCAGUUCAGAUAAUUGUCUGAUAAAGUACUUAUCUCAUAAUUCCCUUGCUGGACAGGGAACUAUUGGUGAUGUCUACCCCAAAACUAAAAUGAGAUGCUCCUCAUUGGAAUAUUUCAUCCUGGUGUAGAAUAGUUUGUCUGCAGCUGUGAGCAGACCUGCUGACCAUUGCUCCAAGGGACAGCUGAAAAUGUAAUUCGCCUAUUAAGCAGAUUUGAAUUAUACUUUAUGAAACCAAAUACUUGAAUUAUAUCACAGAAAUUGGAUUAACUGUUCAAAAUUCGUGCUGAAUAACUCUCUCUCUAUAACGGCUGUAUACCUGUGUAGUAAUUAAAGGGACACUAGUCACCAGAACAACUACUUAUUGAAUUUAUUCUGGUGAAUAGAAUCAUUACCUUCAGGCUUUUUGCUGUAAACACGGUCUUUUCAGAGAAAAUGCAGUGUUUACAUUACAGCCUAGUGAUAACUUCACUGGCCACUCCUCAGAUAGCUGUUAGAGAUCCUUCCUGGGUCAUGGCUGCCUAAAAUGCAUCCAAACAUUUAGUGUCUCCUCCCUCUGCAUGCAGACACUGAACUUUCCUCAUAGAGAUACAUUGAUUCAAUUCAUCUCUAUGAGAAGAUGCUGAUUGGCCAGGGCUGUGUUUGAAUCAUGCUGGCUCUGCCCCUGAUCUGCCUCUUUGUCAGUCUCAGCCAAUCCUAUGGGGAAGCAUUGUGAUUGGAUCAGGCCACCACUUCUGAUGAUGUCAGCAGGCAGUGGGCAGGUCUAAAGGAAACCGGGACAAAGUAAACAGCUUUAUAUGUCACAUGAGUAAUAGUUCCAGUAUUUUUUGGCCGGUAUGCUUACAAACACCAAGAAAUUGGGCUACAGCUUUCACACAGUAACGUUAGUACGUUAUAAGAAUGUGAGGUCCAGUAUUUAUUCCCUGCUGUAUCUAUUUUCUAUUUUUGUCUUUCUAUCUCCGUUACACCUGAUUUAAAACAAUUGCUCCUUUUUACCUUGUUUUAACCCACUUUUAAGUGCAAUCUUCAAGUUCAAUUCUUCAAGCUUUAGGAAUCUUAGUAUAACAGAUGUGAUGCAAUUGGAAAAGUAUCCGUAUUAAAAAGUAGCUAUAUCAGCUCAAAAAGGUUUUUUGCUAAACAGUGAGUUGUGGGCAGUUGACAAAUAGUUGCAAAAUGUAAGUGACAACACAUUCAGUUAAGUAGAUAACUCCCAUAAGCCUCAGCUACUAUGUACACGUUUGCGGUUAAUCUAGGCUUAUUGGAGAUUCCCUAAAAUAUAAUUCUCUGACGUAGGCCUUGAUUUUAAUAUUUUUUGAUAAACUAUUUUUUAUAAUAAUUUUUAAAAGUUGCUCGCUGUGCCUAGCCAUACCUCACUGACCAGGAUGAAUAAGGUUAAAAUAAUCGUCUUGGGUUGCUGUAUCUCUCGUGCAAAGGCAGCUAUGCACUAUUUUGAAUUUGUACUGCUCUUUUGGGUGGGAUCAACCUGAUAAGCAAAUUAUCUAGGUUUACUCUGUAAUGGCAAAAGAUGAAACCAAACCAGCUUGAGAUCUUAGUGGGGACACACUGAAGGGCAAGCUAUUUUAACUAUUGUCCUUUCUAAAUAUUCGCUUAUUUAUUUUAUUUUAUUUUUUGCUCAUUUUAAAAGUUUAUCCAAAAAUAUGAAAUCGUUUGGAAAACUUAUCCAACAAAAAUGAAAGCCAUGAUUAUUAAUUCCAUCAAACGAGAAAAAAUGUAUUACUCGAAAACCUAUGGAGGCAGUGCUGGGAGUUUGCCACAAAGGAGUGGUGAAUAGUAGUGGAUCACCUAGUAAAUUUGAGGACUGCCCAAACUGGGCACGCACGCCAGAUGGACAAAGAGCAGCCCAUGCUAAGAAUGCUUCUUAAGACCCUUGAGCUGAGUGGCCUUUGAAGACUUCUCCCAGUGCGAAUGUGUGAGGAUGUGCUUGCUGUCGAUAAUUCCCUGGCAUCCUGUAUUUGGGGACACUAUGGAACAAACCUGGGACAGAGUACAAAACCAGGAAUUUUGGGCGAUGUAGGCCACCAUUACAGGUGCACCCACAAUAAUAUUUGAUCUUAAGAUUAAUGGACCAAUGAGCUGCCUGCGUGCAAGGAAUGUUGAGGGGCUGUGUGUGUUUACACACUUGCUUUUAAAAAAAUAAAAUAAAAAAUCUUAUUAAUUUACUUACAAAUGUUGCUUUAUGGCUACAUCAACCACAGACAGCAUUCAUUUCUUCCAACAUUACAUUUUGAACAUAUUUCCAGGUAUCCAAACUUUAAGGCUCUGCCCAGUGCCCACCAAUAUAUGGAUAUUGCCCUUUACUUGUUUGUAUAGAAAUUGAGUUCUGUUUGCUCUUUAUCCUACAGUGGAAGAUCCUGUUGUUGCUUCGGCCAUGCUGCACUAUAAUAUGGUGCCAGUAUUGAUGAAUUUUCUACUUACUUCUAAAGACAUAGCUGCAAUGGUAUGUAAUUUUUGCGGUAUGCAAGGUAACUUUAUUUUAUUUUAGAUAAACAGUAGAAAUUUAGCAGAAAUACCAUAAAAUAUGUUCAAAGAUGAAUGUGGACCUUUUAUUCACAAAACAUUCACCUCUAAAUAGGUAAAUGUAUAUAUUGUGCUGAUGAAAUCUAAAGCACAUGUAUAGAUUAGAAGAUAUACUUGCCACAAGAUUAAUUACUACAAACCAAAAUAGCUGCAGCCAUGGAUGGAAUGUCCUGGAUGGAACCUUGCAAUGCUAAAUGUUGCAGAAUUAAAUUGCAUGUACUGUAACAAGCAUGAAGGCAAAGGUAUAUUUUAAUGCCUUGGCCAUCCCUUUCACUCCCAGUAUUAAGAUGUAUAUGCACACUCCAAGUACCAUACCUUUCACAACAUAGAGUAGUGGUGAGGUUGGUAGAUCUACCAUGUUUCCUGGUCACACAUCACAAACUGAUGGGCUCCAUAUGGACAAAACUUUUUGUGCAGUACCCAUCAAUUUGUUUGUUUGAUCUGUAUAAAAAAAAACAUGAUGUGGCAAUCCUAGUGCAAGGAGGCUUUGGUAGAGUCAGGUUUUCAAACUAUGCUAAGUCACUAAAAAUAUAAUUAGGGGUACUGCUAAGCACCAUAACAACUACAUCACACUGUAAUAGUUAUGGUGCCAGGAGUCUCCGGUCACUGUCCCACAGAGUUAAACGAUCAGGAGUCUGGAGCAGUUACAGUACUUGGUGCUUAUUUUGCCCCCUUUAGGUUUUCUCAAGCAGAGAACAUCCACCCCGUCUCCUUGGGGGUAACAUAAUAACAAAAUCUUUGCAAUCCAGUAUUGUAUCUGUAUGAAUUCUCUCAAUCCUGUAUAUCUUCACCCAUUCUCUCUCCACUUAUCUCCUUAUUUAUGUCUCUCUCAUAUCUAUCUCAAUUGUACCGUCAUCCCUAUCUCUCCCUAACAUUCCUUCACCAUCUAUCUCCACAUGUCUCUUACUUACUCCAUAGUUGUCUCUCUCACAUUUGUGUGUCUAUAUCCAUCUCCCUACCACACAUAGUAAGAGCCUGAGCUAAUUCAUGCUGUCUGGUAUAACAUCUCUCAUUUAAUCCGACAGACGUAUUACAUAAGACCUACAUGUGCACUUUAAACAAAAGGGAGUGGAUACUUUACAGAAAAUGUAUAGAUUGACACAAAUAGAUUAAAAUAAACUACUAAAAUAGGAUGGCUUGGAAUUGAUCAAAAAAAAAUCUCAUGUAUACUGUUUGAAGGGUUCUAUUGUUCACAUAGAGGGUUAUGUUUAUCAAUUCUAAAUUACUACUUUAUUAAUGUGAAUUUGUGAAGAAAUCUUUUAAAUAGAAUGUUUUGGUUUUUUUUUCUCCUUGCCAUCAUCUCUAGGUGCUGACAAUUUUGUGUAGUAUAGCGGAUUUGGGACCUCUUUAUUGUGAACAAUUAAGACAAAAAAACAUUCUUCCCUGUCUAAUGAGUACACUAGGAGGUGCAGAUGUGCAAGUGACUCUCCGAAGUCUGGAUGCAAUGAUCUACCUCUUCCGAAAUUGUCCAGAUGUAAGUCUUUUGUUAUUUAGAUAUUAGAAUUUCAAUUAUGGAUUAAUUUUACACUUUUCUGACGUUAAGAUGUUAAAACCUUUUUAAGACAACUGUUGUUUUUUUUAAAAUAGUUUUUAUUCUCGCAAAUACAGUGGUACCUCGGUUUACAAAUUUAAUGCGCUCUCCGGGACGUUUUGUAUUGUGAAAGAUUUGUAAAAACCGAAACGCAGUUUCCCAUAGGAAUGCAUUGAAAACCAAUAAAUCCGUUCUGGAGGUCAGAAAACAAGUACAAAUGAGCUGGCAUGGAAACCAACCCACAAUGCAGAACACACAGUAAAAUGCAUGCAAACGACGAAGUUCAGCUCACUACCUUUCCACCGCUUGAGAAAUGCACCAAAAAAGUUCAAAAAUGUCCCAAAACCAUUGCAAAAAAAUUUCAAAAUGGCUCCAAAACUCGAUGCAAAAGCCGCUUCAGCACCUCCACACUCGACGCCACAUGCUACCCACAGACUCCAGCAUGCAGGGGGCGGCGCUAUAAACCUCCCAGGCGCAAUGCAUCCUGGGGAAACUUGCUUUGUAUUGUGAAACAAAUUUGUAAUCCAAGGCAUUAUUUUCAAUGGAUUUUCAUUUGUAAACCGAAAAUUAUGUUAGGCAAUGUAAACCGAGGAACUACUGUACCUUUUUAAUAUAGUCUUACUAAUGCAAACAGAGUGACCUACUGUGCAUUGUCAUGGAAAGCACAAACCUCUUUUAAACAUUUUUUUACUUUUAUUUUUAUGUAUGUAUUUUUUGUUAUUGAUCAAAAACCCGUGUUGAUAAUACUUUAUAGAUAAUGCAAUGCAUGUGUGAGUUUUUCCUCUUUGUUUACAAUGUUUGCCCUAGCUUUCCUCGUUUGUACUGGAUUACAAUCUUGUAUACUAAUUUUUUAUAUCAAUUUUGAAGAAAACAGAGCAUCUCAUGAAAAAUGUUAUAGGUGAAAAUCGUUGUCUUAUUGUCACGUAUUCAUCCGCUUAUAGAAAUGUGGUUAAUGACAUUUACUGGCCACACAGGAAAAGUUGUGCCGAGCAGCAACCUAAUCCACAGAAGGUUUAAUGCUGAGCAGUAAUUGUGCAAAUGAAACCUGGUCUCAUGUAUUCAUCCGCUUAUAGAAAAGUGGUUAAUGACAUUUACUGUCCACACAGGAAAAGUUGUGCCGAGCAGCAACCUAAUCCACAGAAGGGUUAAUGCUGAGCAGCAAUUAUGCAAAUGAAACCUGGUAACUGACUUUGGGGUCAAAGGCCGGUUACAGCCUAUCAGAAAGAAAGGAGGGGUAUUUAGGCCCAGUUCUCAGCCUGCUCAGUGCCCUGUCGUGGUUUCCCUUGUGGUUGUCCGAGAGCGCGUUCCUGUUUAUAGUUUUCUACCUGGUUUUUGACUUUGGCUUUGUUUAUUGACUUCUCUAUAUUCUGGUAUCCUGACUCCUGGCUUUCCUCAUCGCUGUGUCCCUUUCUGUGUUCCCUGACCUCGGCUAGUAUUUUUGACUAUAAUUUGUACGUUAAAUCCGGCCAUUCUAAGGACCGGUAAUACGUUACUUAUUUGUCAUCCGUGCUGUACAGUGCUACGUGCUGGAUCAAACAGUAAUCUUGACAUUACGACAGGGCCAUAGAUCCUGUAGAACUGUGUCAGCACAUAGCUGCUUGCGAGAGGAAAUUAGAGGAGAAUGGUCACCGCAUGGAUCAAUUCACUCAGGCUUUAAGUACGCUUCUCGCUAGAACGGAACAUCUGCAGCCUGCAGCGUCUCCUCCUAUAGCACCUCUACCCUGUGUACCUCCACCCACUGUUAAUAUGACUCCUAGCAUCUCCUUAUCACCAUCCCUACAGUUUGAUGGCAAUAUCCAGGAAUGCAGGGGUUUUCUUAAUCAGGUGGAGUACCAUUUUGAGGCCCCACCAGGGUCAUUCCCCACGGACAGAGCAAGAAUUGGUUAUCUAAUGAAUCAAUUAAAGGGCAAGGCCCUUGCCUGGGCUAAUCCGUUGUGGGAGAGUAAUCGGAACAUAGCUCAUAAUUACCAGGAAUUCCUUGCCGAAUUCAAGCUCACGUUUGAGCCAUUGGGUAGAGAGGAUGACGCCUCCACUGCCCUAAUGCACAUCAGACAAGGUAACCGAUCUAUCUCGGAUUAUGCUAUUGAAUUCCGUACCUUAGCUUCCGAGGUAGACUGGACUAACAAUGGGUUAAUCUCAGCAUUCAAAAAGGGUCUCUCAGAGACUAUACUAGAUGAGAUAGCCGCUAAAGAAUUACCUAAGAGUCUUAACAAAUUUAUUACGUUUGUCAUGCAUAUUGAUAAUAGGUUAAGACUCAGAAGUCACCAGAAGCAAGACCAGACGUACGGCUAUGUCCCUAGCACCUCAAUUCUCUAAACCUGUUUUGUCUAACCUCCCUGUACAGUCCGAACCCGAACCUAUGCAGUUGGGGUCACUAGACUGUCAGAGGCCGAAAAACAGUAUAGGAGAAGGGAGGGGUUAUGCCUAUAUUGCGGUAGAAAGGGACAUAUGAUAACUAAUUGUCCAGUGUGUCCUGAAAACUUCCGCACCUAAGAACCUUAAGGGGACAGAUCUUAGGUGUGAUGGAGUUGUCCUCUAACAAAAACAAAAGUAGAUUCCUCCUUGAGGUAUCUAUUUCCCUUGAUAACAAGAAGUUUUCUUGCGGUGCCCUAAUGGACUCAGGUGCUGCUGGAAAUUUUAUUGAUGUCCAGUUUAUUAGGGGUAAUGAGAUACCGGUCAGGGAGAGACCUACGCCGCUAGCUGUAGAGGCUAUUGAUGGCAGACCACUCACACAACCGCUUAUAACCCACAAAACUGUCCCUAUUACGAUCUCCAUUGGGGCCUCCCAUAGGGAGGAGAUGACGUUUCAGGUUAUUACUUCUCCAUCAUGUCCUAUCAUAUUAGGGUUUCCGUGGCUGAGUAAGCACAAUCCCUACAUUGACUGGGCUAAUGGGGAGAUAUUAGAAUGGGGUAAAGAGUGUAUGGGGAGAUGUAUAAAACCAGUACUAAAGAGAUUGGAUACUAUUGACCUUCCACUACCACUCCCCAAACUCCUGGAGUUCCCAUACAAUACCGAGAACUUCAGGAGGUGUUUAACAAGGCUCAAUCUGAUGUAUUGCCUCCCCACAGAGCAUAUGACUGUGCCAUUAACCUGUUUCCAGGAGCUAUGCCACCUAAGGGGGCAGUUUAUGCCUUAUCUCCCCAGGAGAGUAAAAUAAUGGAGGAAUACAUCAAAGAAUCCUUGAGCAAAGGGCACAUAAGAAAGUCAUCCUCACCAGCUGGUGCAGGAUUCUUUUUUGUUGAGAAAAGGGGUGGUGAGUUACGCCCUUGCAUAGACUACAGGGCACUUAAUAAAAUCACUGUAAAAAAUGCAUACCCUAUCCCACUCAUUUCCGAAUUGUUCGAUAGACUUCAGGGAGCUAAAGUAUUUACUAAGCUUGACCUUAGGAGUGCUUACAAUUUGGUUAGAAUUAAAGAGAAUCAUGAGUGGAAGAUGGCAUUUAAUACCCGUAGUGGACACUAUGAAUAUCUGGUAAUGCCAUUUGGGUUAUGCAACGGCCCGGCCGUAUUCCAAGACUUUAUAAAUGAUGUACUCAGGGAAUUCAUUUACUCAUUUGUCUUGGUUUAUUUGGACGAUAUUUUGGUGUAUUCCCCUGAUCUUCAGACUCACCACUCCCAUGUGAAACAGGUUCUGCAGACGUUGUUGAAAAAUAAACUUUAUUGCAAAUUAGAAAAGUGCUUAUUUGACCAGCCUGAAGUCCACUUUUUGGGUUACAACAUCUCUGCAUCGGGAUUUCAAAUGGAUCCUAAAAAACUAGAGGCUGUACUACACUGGCCAUUACCCUCUGGUUUAAAAACCAUUCAAAGGUUUAUUGGUUUUGCCAACUAUUACAGAAGAUUCAUCAAGGGAUUUUCUUCUGUAAUAGCCCCAAUCACAAAUAUGACUCGCAAAGGGGUUAGUAGCACGGUAUGGUCCAAGGAGGCUGUGAAUGCUUUUGAGACUCUUAAACAAAGAUUUGCCUCUGCGGACAUACUAAAACAUCCCGACACUAGUAAACCUUUUAUAUUGGAGGUUGAUGCAUCCGAGACAGGGGUAGGGGCUGUUCUCUCUGAGAGAGAAAGCCAGGGAACACCAUUGCAUCCUUGUGGCUACUUCUCCAGAAAGAUGUCUCCUGCUGAGCGCAACUAUGAUAUUGGCAAUAGAGAACUGUUGGCCAUUAUUCUUGCCCUCAAGGAGUGGCGACAUCUUUUGGAGGGUUCAAGGACCCCCUGUUGAUCAUAACCGACCACAAAAAUCUGGCAUAUAUAGGGGAUGCCAAACGUUUGUCUUCCAGACAGGCUAGAUGGUCACUAUUCCUUUCACGUUUUAACUUUCUCAUUACUUAUAGACCUGGUUCUAAAAAUACCAAGGCUGAUGCCUUGUCCAGGCAAUUUGAUAAGGAGUCAGCUCCGGAACAGGUGACAUCUCCUAUUAUUCCACCAGAGUGUAUUAUUGCCACUACUGUCCUCUCACUGUCUUCUCCACUGCUUGGCACCAUACUGGAGGCCCAGCCUCAGGCGCCCAGUGGUAAACCAUGUGAUAAACUGUUCGUUCCCCUAUGUGAAAGGGUUAAUAUCAUGAAAGUGUUCCAUGACAAUAUAACUGCUGGACACCGGGCAUCAAUAAGUCCACUGCCGCGAUCACUAGAUCAUUUUGGUGGGAUUCACUCAGGAAAGAUGUAAAGGAGUAUGUGCAGGCAUGUUCUGUGUGUGCAGUUUCUAAGGUGACUCAUGCACUUCCUUGUGGCCUGUUGCAGCCUCUUCCUGUUCCUGAGAUUCCAUGGUCCCACUUAUCCAUGGACUUUAUUGUAGAGCUUCCUAGCUCUGCUGGGUUCACUACUAUUCUCAUGGUUGUAGACCGAUUUUCUAAGAUGGCUCACUUCAUUCCUCUCAAGAAGUUGCCAUCUUCGCAAGAUUUGGUCCUAAUUUUCAUACGUGAAAUUGUCCGUUUGCAUGGCAUCCCCCACAAUAUUGUGUCUGAUAGGGGCUCUCAGUUUGUGUCCAGGUUCUGGAGGGCGUUCAGUAAACAAUUGGGGAUUGAUCUCUCCUUCUCCUCCUCCUACCAUCCACAGACCAAUGGUACAGCUGAGAGGGCUAACCAGUCAUUAGAAGUUUAUUUGCGUUGUUUUAUUAAUAGCACACAAGACAAUUGGUCCGAACUACUCCCGUGGGCCGAGUUCGCUAGAAACAAUGCUGUUCAUGACUCCUCUGGGCACAGUCCAUUUUUUGUCAAUAAUGGUAGGCAUCCUACGGUUCUCCCUGUGGUAUUUUCUGAUACUGCCAUUCCUGCUCUGGAUGAGCGUCUGGCCUCCAUUCGGGAUACCUGGGUUAAGGUUCAAACUGCUCUAGGGGCUGCUGCUGAACGCUUCAAACAUUUUGCUGAUAAGCGUAGGAGUGCCAACCCGGUGUACCAAGUGGGGGACCGGGUUUGGUUGUCAUCUCGCAACAUCAAGCUUAAGGUCCCUAGCAUGAAGUUUGCCCCCAGAUUCCUUGGUCCCUAUAGAGUGCUUCGUAGGAUCAAUCCAGUGUCUUACUCUCUGGCUCUUCCUGCAUCUUUAGGGAUUCCCAACACUUUUCAUGUGUCCUUACUCAAACCUCUUGUCUGCAAUAGAUAUCCUGUUCCUUGUGUUCCUCCCCCUCCGGUGGUGGUGGGUGGUCAGGAAGAGUAUGAGGUAUCUUCUAUCGUGGAUUCUAGGUUUUCUCGGGGCACUUUACAGUACUUGGUUGUUUGGAAAGGUUACGGUCCUGCUGAUCGUUCUUGGGUUUCGGCUCCUGACCUGCAUGCGGGCCGUAAGAUCCGCGCUUUUCACGCUAAAUUUCCUCUCAAGCCUGGUCCUGUCCGCCCGGUGGGCGUUCUUCAGGUGGGGGGUAAUGUCACGUAUUCAUCCGCUUAUAGAAAUGUGGUUAAUGACAUUUACUGGCCACACAGGAAAAGUUGUGCCGAGCAGCAACCUAAUCCACAGAAGGGUUAAUGCUGAGCAGCAAUUAUGCAAAUGAAACCUGGUAACUGACUUUGGGGUCAAAGGCCGGUUACAGCCUAUCAGAACUAAAGGAGGGGUAUUUAGGCCCAGUUCUCAGCCUGCUCAGUGCCCUGUCGUGGUUUCCCUUGUGGUUGUCUGAGAGCGCGUUCCUGUUUAUAGUUUUCUACCUGGUUUUGACUUUGGCUUUGUUUAUUGACUUCUCUAUAUUCUGGUAUCCUGACUCCUGGCUUUCCUCAUCGCUGUGUCCCUUUCUGUGUUCCCUGACCUCGGCAAGUAUUUUUGACUAUUCUUUGUACGUUAAAUCCGGCCAUUCUAAGGACCGGUAAUACGUUACUUAUUUGUCAUUCGUGCUGUACAGUUCUACGUGCUGGAUCAAACCGUAAUCUUGACACUUAUUCGGUGGUGUAAAUUGAAGAUAAAUUACAGUUCCCCUUUAAUGUAUUAAAAUAGCAAAAAUGUGUCUUAAAAAUACAGACAUUUACAACCUGAUGUGUCACUGAAAAUAAAAUUGGGUUUGCUAAGCCAUUCCUCUUUUUUUCCUCUAACCCAGCAGUUCCUAAACAGUGGGCCGCGGCGCCCUGGGCUGUGACUUGCACACAGGGGCACCGCAAAAUGUUUCCCGGUGCUGUGAUAGCACUGGGAAACAUUUUUGCUUAACAGGGACCCAGGACCCUUUAAGUCCACAACCAGGCCCACUACCUGUAGUGUUGGCAGACUGGGAGGAAGUGACAGCAUGUCACUUCCUGCCAGCUUCUUGCAGUGAGACGGCGCGGGAGGGAGAGAAGGCAGCCGCAGAGGCAGCAUGAGGGGAAAUGAGGAGGAGCAUGAAGAACUGCUCCAGACUCCUCACUCCCGCCAGCAGCAGGAACAGGAUCCAAGCAAGCCACCCUCCUGGACACAAAAUGUAAACUAACAGGAGAGCGGCUGUAGAUAUAAAAAAUUACAUCUAUACAUAUAUAUGCUUAUGUGUAUGUCAGUGUAUGUAUCUGUGUCAGGGUUUGCACACACAGUAUGUAUGUGUAUCUGUGUGUCAUGGUGUGGGCGUACGUGUCGGUGUCAAUAUGGGUUUGUGUGUGUCGGUGUAUGUAUGUGUUUCUGUGUGUUUGUUUAGGUAUAGCUGUGUAAGUAUGUAUUUAGUAAUAUAUGUGCAUACAUCCAAGCAAUAAACACCAGCACACCAUACAAGCACUCUCCUGCAAUCUAACACAGAUUUUACAUACAAAAACACCUCUGCCAUCAGACCCCCCAAAUAAUAUACAAACACACCCCUUCACUCAAACACCAAUACUACAUACAAAUGUACAUUUGCUUUUAAAAGCGAACAUUACAUCCAACCCUAGCACACCUCCAAUCCAGUGAAAACAUUAUAUAGAAACACACCCCUGUAUUAAAACAUUAGAAUUAUAUACAAGCACCCCUUCAAUCAAACAUCAACACUGUACAUCUGCUAUAGCACCAAUAUAUGCCACAGCGCUAUACUGGUGUUAUAGGGAGGGUGAGCACUCCUAGGAGUUUCUUUUCAUCUUCUUUAUUUGUAGUCCACAAAAGAGACAAUAUUUACAUCAAGAAGUCACAGUUUCAGUUCGUCUAGACAUAUAAUUUAUAAUAUAAUUUAUAUGUCCUGAUGAAGGUUCGCUAGACGAACUGAAACAUUGACUUCAUGAUGUAAAUAUUGUCUCUUUUUGUGGACUACAAAUAAAUAAGAUGAAAAGAAACUUCUGAGAGAUGUCCACUAAUAGGAGGAAACAUCCAUGCUAGCAAUGCAAAAAUAGAUGAUGAAUCCUCAUGGCAUCGCGAGUUGUGCUCUGUUUUCCCCUUUUCUCCCCUGACACAAUUUAGGUUGCUCUAGGCCUCUCAAUGCAUAUAGCAAUCUCCCCGUAAAUAUGUGAUUACACAGUCACAUACUUAUGUUGUUUUUUUAUUUUAUUUUAUUAUUAACUAACCCUCCAUACUGCAGCUUACCUUUGAUUCUGGGUGGAGGAAAGAGGUCUAGAGUUAUAGCACUCCCUGAUAUCUAGGAGGUGUAGAAGCAUGACAUUUUGCUUGCUUUGAACUCUGUGGGUGGCACAGUUAGCAGGCAGUGGGUUCCAGCAUAUAAUGUUUCCUGUAUUUGUAAUGCACCAGUAACACUCAAAGACCUGUAAUCAUUAGUGUGCCAUUAUUGUUAUGGUGCCAGGAGUGCCCUGAUUCCGCCCUGGGAUAAUUUGUUAAACCAUUUUAAUAUGGUUUGACACUUGCCUGUUUCACACCGGAUGCCUGUGCUAUUUCUGGGCUUCACAGAGCUAAAGAAACUGGAUGUCAGGUAGUUCAAUACAAGAUCUCUUUGGCUAAAGAGAUCGGCUGAUGCUCGCAGCCGAUGAAUGAAUGCAUAAAUCGGUAUGCAGCUUCUACUGCUCAAGAAGAGCCAGGUAUCUGUGAAACCAUUCUAAAACCGCUUGGCAGAUUAUGCUGGGACGGCACUCCUGGUGCUUGGAGUGUUCCUGUGAGAAGGCCUUGGAAACAUUUAGUUCUGCAGACCAGUCUCCUACCACCCUAAGCCUUAGCUGUUCGCCAUUUGCUUUGUCACCCUCUGUUAGUUCAUAGUUUAGGGAUGUCCAAAUGGGGAUGAUAAAACGUGAUGCUUCUAAUGUGUCCAUGCUCUGUUACUCCACUUUCUGGUACACUAAUUGCCUUAUUGUUAUUUUAGCUUGCAGAAGACUUUCUUAAUAACUAUGGUCUGUCGUUUCUUGAGCCAUAUAAAAACAAUGUCCUUUUUCAUGAGCAAGUGCAAACUAUUUGGAACCUGUGUACUAUGCAGGUGAGUUGCUGCUUAUUUCUAAGUUCUAAUUGUUUGCUUUGAUGGUUUGUCAUCAAACAGUGACUUAUAUCCACUUGCAAAAUAUAAGCCAAAAGAAGAGUUACUUCUCCAAUGUCAUUAAUUUUACACCUCUAUCAUGACCUAAAAACAUGCAGUUUUGUUUUCAGUUUACCACAUUCCAGUAUUUAGUGUAUGAACCUAGUGUGCUGUGAUAGGAGUUAAAUUACUUUGGUAAUGCAGUCGUAACCACACCUCCCUGCAUGUAAUUUGCUCAGCCUUCCUGAACACUUCCUUUAAAGUGAGAUCUAAUGUUUAUACUUCCUUUAUUUCAGUCUGUUUAAUGUAGAAUCUCCUGCACUUUUAAUAGCUUGCAGGAGCCUCCUGUGUGUGAUUAAAGUUUAAUUUACAGAGCAGGAGAUAAACACAUCUAAAGUAAGUUAACGUCUGAUUUAAAAAUGAAACCACCUUACUUUUCAUGCAGACUGUGAGUUACAGCCAGGAAAGGUGUGGCUAGGGCUGCAUGGACAGAAACAAGUGAUUUAACUCCUAAAUGGUAGAGAAUUGAGCAGUAAGACUUCAGAGGCAUGAUCAAUACUCCAAAACUGCUUUAUUAAAGGGUUGCUGUAACCUUAGUGAGAGGAGGGACUUUUCUGGUGUAAUAGGAGCCCCUCUCAAUGUGUUGUAAAACCUGAAAUAAGGUUUUGUUUACCUUGAACCCAGCGCUGAGUGAAGGUCCUGACAGCACUAGGGCUAUGCGUGGUCCAAUCAUAGGCCCACAUGCUGGCUCAGAGCACAUCUGUGCUGAGGGGAGAGCUAGCUUUUCACAUCUGUUGUCAGCGUGCAGUGUGUUGCACUGUCCAACUAGCCCCCAGCACACAUUUACCGAUUUCUCUGUAUAUAUUGUUUUAAGCAUAUACUGACCCCUACUACUGUGACCACUUCAUAUAAUUAAAAUGGUCAUGGUGGAUGGAGUAACCCUUUAAGCUAAAGUUGUUUUGGUGACUAUAGUGUUAAUUUAAGUUACUCCACUGUAAGCCGUAGCACAUACACUAGUUGUAAAUUUCUAUUCGUGUGGCUAAUUUUUCACUAGGCAAUGGCACCCAUUAUUCUAAAGCUGAUCACUGAGAAAUGUAAAAGCUCAAUAGCUAUACAAAACAUUCUAUAAUCAUUUCAAACUUAAAUUCCAUUCUCACUUGUAUUUACAUUUAAGUGUAGGAAAGUAAUAUUUCUGCAGGUUGGUUGAGCACAUGCUUUUAAUGCAUGUAAAUGACAUUUCUUCCAAGCGAUGUCAUGUGUACAUUUUUAUUAAAUAUUUUCAUUUUUGGAGACUCCUAUGGGUGAAACUAAUGGUAGAUAUAUAUUUAAGUAAAUCCCUCAAAAGUGCCAUUAUCUAGUUUCUGUGCCACUACUGUACUUAUGCUGCAUGAGAGUAAAACAUAGGUCAAUAGACAAUCCUAUGAGACCGUAUGUAUAUAUUUGGAAAGGUUUCAAGCACCUGUUAGGCAUUGGGUGGGUAUGGUCAUAGGCACAGUAUCGCAUGUUGGGUACAUAUGCCAUGUAUGCACAUUAUCCAUCCCACUGGUAUCAGUGGCACUUUCUAAAGACCACUAAUUAGUGCAAAAAGGCACAGCAGUUCCACACGUGGGGACACAAACUAAACGUAUAUUUUUGGAAGUUUCACUGAUAGGUUAUUCUAUCACAAAAAAAAUGACAACUUACUUAUACUUCCCUGUUUCUAAUUCUAGGUGAAUGAAGACAGUAAUAAAUCAACUAUGGAAUAAAACUUAUUAAUGUAGAAGACUGAACAAUGAAGGAACACUGACCAGACAUUUUUUAUUACCGUUUGUUGAAUAAGACAGAGUUUAUAUUUUUCUAAUAAAAUAAAGUGAACAAAUGCCGAGACUCCACCAUGGUUUUAUUUAGCGUAUCGGGUAGAGAAGGAUGAACAAUUUAGUCAAAAGAUGCUCCUUUUCAAAGAUGGAAGAUUCCAGAUUUCUGCACUUUUCACACAUCGUGCAACAAUGUCCAACAAAAAGAUCUGUCUUCAUGGUUUACGGUUCGCAACAGAUUCCAGGGCUUUUGCAACUUGGUCGGAAUUUAGAUUACUGAGUGGUACAUUUACUUCUUUUCCAAAAUCUGCAGGGAAAAAAAGUUAAAUGUAAAAAAAGAAUACUAAUAUGUAAAUUAAAGAAAU